GUUGGCUGCCUGUCAAACACCAUUCCAGCUAUGCUAGCGUUAGGUGUCGUAAUGUUCCUAGCUAGCUUGGUUAGCUUUGCCUGUGGGGUAAUGAUCCCAGCUGUUUCCUUAUUUGGAAGAUCUUUCAGUGAUAAACGUUAACUCAGCUAUCCUAAGUUAGAUUCUUGCUACCUGAUCAGGCUGUAUGGGAAAGGCUCUGCCACGUAAACAUUGCUCUUUCAUAUGGCUUCGUACGAGAAGGGAAAUAAUGGCACUGAUUCAACUAUAGGAUAUGGUUGUUUUUGAAGAGGUUUCCAGCCCUUUGACCCAUAGGCAAGUGUAAUGGCUUCAUGCCCUCUGUCACAUGACAGCAACUCCAGUGAUAACGAAACCUGGGAUCAUAAGGCAAACUGCAAACUUUGUAAACAUUCAAGUGCCCAGUCACGUGGCUCUCCACUGGAGUCGGAGCUGGCCAACAUGAGCCUGCAGGGAGCCAGCGGUGGCCCGGAGCACUCCAGAGAGCGCCGGCGCUCCAGCGACCGCUCCCGAGAUCCCUCCCAUGAGCGCGGUGAGGGCCAGCUCACACCCUGCAUUCGGAACGUCGCCUCACCCACUCGCCUGCUGCACAGUGACCGUGAGUCUGGUCCUCCCUCGCUCUCCACCAGCCCCAGACCCAUGAGAGCAGCCACCAGCAGCCAGCUGAGUGCCGACGCUCCUUUUAGAGGUCACAGCCCCACCGACCUGACCUACGUCUACGACAGCGCCAAGGAGGGCCUGCGCAGCAUCAGGACCUGUGAGCGCGUCACACUGAUAGUAGACAACACCCGCUUUGUGGUGGACCCCUCCGUCUUCACGGCCCAACCCCAUACCAUGCUGGGCAGAAUGUUUGGAUCUGGAAGGGAAUACAAUUUCACCAGACCCAAUGAGAAAGGAGAGUAUGAGGUUGCAGAGGGAAUCAGCUCCACCGUGUUCAGAGCCAUUCUGGAUUACUACAAAUCGGGGAUAAUCCGCUGCCCUGAUGGGAUCUCCAUUCCGGAGCUGAGGGAAGCAUGUGAUUACCUCUGCAUCGCCUUCGACUGCAGCACCAUCAAGUGCAGAGAUCUUAGUGCCCUGAUGCACGAGCUGUCUAACGACGGGGCAAGGCGUCAGUUUGAGUUCUACCUGGAGGAGAUGGUGCUGCCGCUGAUGGUGGCCAGUGCCCAGAGUGGGGAGAGGGAGUGUCACGUGGUGGUGCUGACGGACGACGACGUGGUGGACUGGGAUGAGGAGUACCCGCCGCAGAUGGGAGAGGAGUACUCACAGAUAAUAUACAGCACAAAACUAUACAGGUUUUUCAAAUACAUCGAAAAUCGAGAGGUCGCCAAGUCAGUUUUGAAGGAGAGAGGACUGAAGAAAAUCCGAUUAGGCAUUGAAGGCUAUCCCACUUACAAGGAGAAGGUGAAGAAGCGGCCGGGAAGUCGCCCGGAGGUCAUCUACAACUACGUGCAGCGGCCAUUCAUCCGCAUGUCCUGGGAGAAGGAGGAGGGCAAGAGCCGGCACGUGGACUUCCAGUGCGUGAAGAGCAAGUCCACCACCAAUCUAGCGGCAGCUGCGGCUGACAUUCCUCAUGACCAGCUGGUGGUCAUGCACCCCGGGCCCCAGGUGGACGAACUCGAUAUCCUGCCAAAUCAUCAGCCACCGCCCAGCCACCACUAUGAGCCCGACCCCGACGCCCCCUCACCCGCCAUCUGACACCCAGCAUUCUACCCAGCACCGCCACGAAGAGCCGGCCGGCCUGCCAGCCCAAUCACUGUGGCCUUCGCACCUGCUCUUCCGCCUUACAGCCUCCCAAACGCCCCUGUGCAGCACAAGGCCUUUCUCACGCACUCUUGGCCUCACCCUCCCUUUUAUUCAGAAAGAUUUUGAGUUUAAAAAAAAAGAAAUGAUAGUAUUUAUGUGUUUUUUUUUACAGUGAGACAGUGAGUGUUUGGGGUUAUUUAGUGCAGUGGUGCUGCAACAGUGUGUGAGUGUGUAAAUUAGUGUGUGUGUGUGUGUGUGUGUGUGAGUGAGUGAGUGAGUGCGUGUUUCAGGUUCACUUUUCUUGUGAACGCAUUCUUGCACUGCAGACAGGAACCCAGCAUGCGUGCUGCCUCACUGAAGCAUGGCCUCAGCUGAGUAGAGUUGAACAUAUCCACCAUGUAGGCAGCGUGCACAAAUGAUGUCACAUUUCAAUAAAAAACCUUCUUUUGUUGCAGUGAAA